CACCCAAGCUGCAGGGAAAAGAUAAGUAUAGCGCUUUACAAUGACAACCAUGAUAGGAAGAGAGGAUGGCGCGGAUGAAAAGCCCAAAGUCAAGAUGCUGGCGCCUGCAUUUGGGAUCGAUAAAUCACGACUUCAUGGAUCUGGGUUUAGGUCUAAAGGCUUUGCCAUCACGGACCUACUGGGUCUUGAAACGGAUCUCCAGCCUCGCCCAUCCGGACCUUAUGGAGUAAGAGGACACGGGGAUGUUCAGAGCGCUGGGAUGGGAUUCCCUUUCGCUGGAGGAUCCUUGCCUCUUGGUCUGGGGUUCCUGUGCAGUUUGGCGGCUCAGCAACCUCCGGGGGGGCCCUGCUUCCUACCGAGUCACAUACCCCUCCUUCAGUCCAGGACGGAGAGCCAUUUCAUGCAGAAUAUGGAGCAACAAAGAGACGUCUACUCUGAUGACGAAUGUCUCUCUGGUGAACGAAACGAUUCGAAAAACUCAGGGAACUCACAGAAGAGAAAGAAAAGGAGGCACAGAACUGUGUUCACUUCUCAUCAACUGGAGGAGCUGGAAAAGGCAUUCCACGAGGCACAUUACCCAGAUGUGUAUGCCAGGGAAAUGUUAGCAAUGAAGACAGAAUUGCCUGAGGACAGAAUACAGGUUUGGUUUCAGAAUCGUCGGGCCAAGUGGAGGAAACGUGAGAAGUGCUGGGGACGCAGCAGUGUGAUGGCAGAGUAUGGGCUCUACGGUGCCAUGGUCCGCCACUCCAUCCCUCUGCCAGAAUCAAUCAUCAACUCCGCCAAAAGCGGGAUGAUGGGCUCCUGUGCUCCCUGGCUUCUAGGUGAGCCAGCAGGAAUGCACAAGAAGUCCAUGGAUAUAGUAAAGAAGUCCCCGGGAAUGCCAGAGUUUACCCACUCGGAUACUAACUCCGAGGAAACUAAAGGGAAAGACAACGACGUGUCCUGGCCAAAUCGCUCUCGUGGUAUAGACGACAGCGAGGACAUGGCAAUAGACCUAUCCAGCACCUCUAAGCAGGACAGCAGCAAGAGCACUUUGAAGUCAUCGUCACCCCAAAGGGAUCCCAUUCGCAACAGUGAUUCAGACGAUGAAAGCUAAAUGAAUCCCGGUUGCAGACAGUGAGCUUGGACAUUUGCGUGGAAAUUAUGCUCACCUGGAAGACAAUUAUUUUCCAAAGAUGCGCAACAUUCCCAUCACAUAAGGGGUGUACAGUGUACUUGUCUUAUUUCUUAAUUACUUGUAUUUGGACAUAUGUUUUAUAAAGUUGUUUGGUUUUAAAUAUAAGAAAAUAUUUCAUGUUUUA